CGUCGAAAUAUAUUUACCAGACACUGUUUUUGAAUGGAGAGAACAGUGAUAUCAAAAUUUGUGCUCUGGGAGAGGAGUGGAACUUGCACAAGAUUUAUUUGUGUCAGUCAGGCUACUUUUCCAGUAUGUUCAGUGGCUCUUGGAAAGAAUCCAGCAUGAAUGUCAUAGAGCUGGAGAUUCCUGAUCAAAAUAUUGAUGUAGAAGCCCUGCAGGUGGCUUUUGGCUCGCUCUACAGAGACGAUGUGCUCAUCAACCCCAGCCGCGUGGUCGCCCUGCUGGCAGCAGCCUGCAUGCUGCAGCUCGAUGGCUUAAUCCAGCAAUGUGGUGAAACAAUGAAGGAAACCAUCACUGCCCAAACUGUGUGUGGUUAUUAUAAUUCUGCAGGCACCUAUGGGCUGGACUCUGUGAAGAAAAAGUGCCUUGAGUGGCUCUUGAACAAUCUGAUGACUCACCAGAGCGUUGGACUCUUCAAGGAACUCAGCAUAAACCUCAUGAAGCAGCUGAUCAGCUCCUCCAACCUCUUUGUGCUGCAGGUGGAAAUGGAUGUGUACACUGCUCUCAAAAAGUGGAUGUUCCUUCAGCUUGUGCCUUCUUGGAAUGGGUCUUUCAAGCAGGUGUUGACUGAAGCUGAUGCCUGGUUUGCUGAGCGCAGGAGAGAGUUUGGGGGCGAUGGUGCCUUCCUGGAGUCGGCGCAGGGGAGCGCGUUCCUGCCCGUGUUCGCACACCUGAGGCUGCAGUACAUCAUCAGUGACCUGGCCUCGGCCAGAAUCGUGGAGAGAGACGCCCUGCUGCCCUCAGAAUGGCUGUCCUCUGUUUACAAACAGCAGUGGUUUGCCAUGCUCAGAGCAGAACAAGACAAUGAUAUUGGGCCUCAAGAAAUCAAUAAAGAGGAACUGGAAGGAAAUAGCAUGAGGUGUGGACGCAAACUGGCCAAGGAUGGUGAUUACUGCUGGCGCUGGACUGGCUUCAACUUCGGCCUGGACCUGCUGGUGACCUACACCAACCGCUACAUCAUCUUCAAGCGCAACACGCUGAACCAGCCGUGCAGCGGCUCCGUCAGCCUGCAGCCACGCCGCAGCAUCGCCUUCAGGUUGCGCCUGGCCUCGUUCGAUGGCAGCGGGAAGAUGAUCUGCAGCAGGACAACAGGCUAUCAGAUCCUGACCCUGGAGAAGGACCAGGAUGUUGGAGGGGAUUUCCUGUGGCUGUUCCUGUGCUGCAGAGGGCUGGGAGCUCUGGGGUGGGAGCUGUGGGCAGGCUUGAGAAUGUGUCAGCGUUAUAAACCUGAGGUGAAGGAGCAGAUCGUGAUGAAUUUGGACAGCAGACUCCUGAUGUUCCCCCUCUACAUCUGCUGCAACUUCCUGUACACAUCACCAGAGAAGAGGGCAGACAGCGAGGCCCAGCUGGAAAAUUUGGAAGGCUGAGACCUCCCUGGGGGCUGUGGCAGCCCCUCUCCCACCCUGGAUGCUGCUCCAAAGCUCAGACAGGCAGGCCUUACCCUGGAGCAGCAGCCCUGGCCUUAGUGCUCUCCUAUGCAGCUCAGAAAAUAUCAGACAUUAGGUAGGCCAAAACCAGUUACCCUUUUUCAGAUCUUUUAUUUUAUUUCUGUUCUGUGUCGUCAGGCAGUAGCCAUUCUGUGUUUGAGAAGUGUUACACUUGGGCUUUUCUGGGUGAAAACUGAGCCAAACUGGAAAUAGGGAAUUUGUGUGGAUCACAACUUAGAAAUUACCUGCUGGAGUCUUGAGCACACAUUGUAGGUUGUGUGGGUUUUGUUAGUGUGGGUUUUGGUUGUAUUAUUUGUUGGGCUUUUAAGUAACUGAUCUGUAAAUACUAGAUCCAUAUUUUGCUUUUUCCCUGAUCCUUUUCCAUUAGGGCCAAAUAAUCUCUGUAAAUGUGGCCUCUCAACUUUGGUUAUUUAACUGCACAGCCCUUCCCACCUGCUGGGUUUAAGCCUUUUUUGUAGUUCACACAUACACAUUUCAUUCUUGGUCUUCUUCUAGCACUGAAGCAAAUAAUUCUGUCUCUUAGCAGGUUAAUUUACUAAUAAGGGUGUUCAUAAAUGAAUAAUUUUUUCCAUGUACAGCAAAUAUUCCAAUGUCUUCACCAUCACUUGAGUGCUGUCAGCAGCAGCUCUCAGCUGGAGUUCUGCUGAGUGCUGACUCCACUCACACAGACCAAAUACCAGUUUUUAAACAUUUUCUGUGGCUUGUUUUAGCUGUUACCUUGGGAAUCCUUCCCAUGUUAGCUCAGGAACUUGUGACUUUUGAGUGCCUUUUGAGUUGUAUGUGUAACACCAACUUCACAUCAGUUCAGCAAGGUCACAGGAUCCAAAGGCAAGAGCUGGGAACAAGAGAUUUCUCUCCACUUGGUCUGAUGGAUGAGUCAUGUCAUGGUACACUCUGUUCAGUCUUUGUUGGGUUUUAUGUUUGUCUCUCACAAUUUUGAAUUCUAACAGCAGGACUUUUUGAUUCAAACUGGGAAUUUUUGCCUCGUUAGCCUAUUUUUUUAAUGUCAGAAAAAUAUAAAACCAUUUGUACUUUAUAAUAAGGAUAAAAAUGUGUUGGGAAAUAUAGAAAAACAUGGCAGUGUGUCAAUAAAUGAUUUCAAGUGGAA